ACUACAGAGAAACACGUGUACUGUCUUUUUAAGGGCCCUGGAACAGAGCAGAGACACUUGUGUACUGUCUCUUUUAGAGACCCGGAAGUGCCCGCUGCUCUACCGGAGCGCAGGUCGCAGGUUCCCGUGACACCGGAGCGGACCGACCAGUCAUGACGUUCAGCCUCCGGUUAGCCCGUCUGUUACGCUUGAGGAGCCGCUCGGUCCUGGAGGCUCUUCAGACCCGUCCCUUCUCUGCGCAUGUCCGUCCCAGCACUCAGCAGGGGGCGAUGGACGAGCUGCUGGCCCGGGUCGUCGCCCCGGUGCCCUCCUACGAGACCCGGGACAAGGCCCCCCCGCCUCCGGAGGCGGACAGCGGGGACUUCAUGAUGUUCUACCGCCACCUGGAGCGGGAGCACCGGGGCCGGCUCCUGGAGCGGCUGUCGGGGGGCUUCGGGGUGGACCACCGUCGGGUGGCAGAGCUCUGCGGAAGGCUGGCGGACACGCAGAGCCGCGACCCGGCUACGGUGCUGCAGGCGGAGGACCGGCUCCGGUACGCACUGACGCCCCGUUACCGACAGCUGCUGAACUGCGUCAGCAGAGCCGACGGCGGGGUCAAGUUCCUGGUGGACCUCCGAGCGGACCUGCUGGAGCUCAUGGCCUCCAAGAACCACGAAGGGCCCCACAUCAGGGACCUUAAUGGGACUCUGAAGAGCAUGCUGUCUGAGUGGUUCUCUGUGGGCCUCCUUCAGCUUCAGAGGAUCACCUGGCAGUCACCCUGCGAGAUCCUUCAGAAGAUCAGCCAGUACGAGGCAGUCCACCCGGUGAGAAACUGGACAGACAUGAAGCGCAGGGUGGGCCCGUACCGCCGCUGCUACGCCUUCACCCACGCAGCCAUGCCCGGGGAGCCUCUGGUGGUGCUGCAUGUGGCCCUCACCGAGGACAUCUCCGACAACAUACAGAGCAUCGUUCGGGAAUUUGCUAAUCUGGACGCCAAGGAGGACGUAAACCAGAUCAACGCGGCCAUCUUCUACUCCAUAUCCUCCACCCAGGCAGGGCUGCAGGGGGUGGAGCUGGGGAACUACCUCAUUAAGAGGGUGGUGCGGGAGCUUCAGGCGGAGUUCCCUCAACUCACCUCCUUCUCCAGCCUGUCCCCCAUCCCGGGCUUCUCCUCCUGGCUGCAGGGCCUCCUGCUGGGGCUGAGCCGCAGGGAGGCGCGGGGCAGCGGGCCGGACCUCCUGUCGGAGCAGGAGUGGAGGGAAGUGGAGGAGGCCACGGGCCUGGCCCCGGGGGCCCCGGCGGUGGAGGAGCUGCGGCGCCUCCUGGCGGCGGGCGAGUGGCUCCGGUCGGAGCGCCUGGCCCUCCUGCUGGAGCCCGUACUGAUGCGUCUGUGCGCCUGGUACCUGUACGGCGAGAAGAGGCGGGGCUACGCCCUCAACCCCGUGGCCAACUUCCACCUGCAGAACGGCGCCACCCUGUGGCGGCUCAACUGGCGGGCGGACACCAGCCCGCGGGGCGUGGCCGGCUCCUGCGGCAUCAUGGUCAACUACCGCUACUUCCUGGAGGAGACGGCGAGGAACAGCGCCCUCUACCUGCAGGACCGCAGCAUCGCCGCCUCGGAGACGGUGAUGGGGCUGGUCGCACAGUUCCAGAAAAACAGCAAGCUGUGAGGAGGAGACAGAGAGAGAGGAGGCGCACGGCAUGGGAGGCACAGAGCCUGGGACAUGCUUUACACUCUAAUGCAUAAUAAUAUGUCUAAUUAUUCUAUGAUUGAUGUAUUAUUAUAUUAUGCAUAUUCAGUAGGUCUACAAGCACUGGUCUGUAUUGUAAGACGCUCGGAGCAGCGAUGAGGACGUUAUCCACCGCCAAACGUCCCCCGGACACUUGACAAAUAUUAGGACGUUGUUUGACCCGCUGGUGAACACUGACUUUAUGAGGCCAUGAAUCUGUUUUACGGCUGGGCUCUGCCUGGGAGCCAACAGGCCAGGGCUCGCUCGGCCAAUCAGAGAGCUUGUUUGCUCAUACAAAACGUUGGCUGUGAAUAGAAGGAUAUUAAACGACUAAAUAAUGAGGGAGGAGUCCGGAGAAGAUUCUGAAAUAAAUGUGACUUUGAUUCCUUCUUCUGCCUCAGUGGUCCAAUGAUUUAAAAAAAUCAACCGACGACGUAGGUGUUUCUGUGUCUGGUUCCAGGCUGAAUGUUUUACAGCUGACUUAUUCUGCUCCAGUGGUCCGCUUGUGUUUGUUGCUGCUGCCAGCCCCACUCAGCGCUGUGUUCCAACUACACCGUACAGGUGCUGCGCCAACACCCCCUACCCCACACACGCCCUAUUGUGGAGAAGUAAUACAUCACAGCAAGCUGACUGUGAAAUUACAUAUCAUCUCCCCGAGGAAGCAAAGUUCUCUCCAUCCUCCACCGGUUCUGUCUCUCUCCUCCCCCUCCUCCUGUCCCCCUGUUCUUUCUUUCCUUCACACCUCCCCCCUCUCUUCCCCCUCCUCCUCCUCCCUUCUCCUCUCUCCCCCUCUCUCCCCCUCUCCUCCCCCUCUCUUCUCCCCCAGCGUUCCACGGAGGGGGUUGAAUUAUACGGUAGAUGAAGAACGGCCCACAAAGCAUUAAAGCAGAAUGUAUUUUAAACCAUAUGAUACAAGGCCAUCUCAGUGCCUCGUAAAUGUGUUGUGAAAUCUAAUAGUAUCUGACCUAAAUAAAGAUCAACCCUUCUGUAAGCCUG